UGUUCCUCUAUUUUUUUUUUUUUUUCUUCUUUGUGUGCGAUUCCUCUUCUUUCUACAGAGCUGGGACCUGUCCUUUCAAUUUUCUUCCUCGGUUUCCUUUUUGACGGGGAAUUACGCAAAAGGGAUAUUGCUCAAUACCUGAAUCAAAGAUGGUGGUGAAUUUACUGCUGAGGAUCUCCAGAUCCAAUCAGAGAUUCUCACUGCUUUGGGGAAGCGGUGGUGGUGCAGGGAGGGGACUGAGCACGCUUGCCUAUGAAGUGGUUGAGACGACGGCACCAUCUUCAGCACCCAGCGCCGCCACAGCCUCGACGGCUUUCAUUCUGCACGGCCUCAUGGGCUCCGGCAGGAACUGGAGGACCUUCUCCCGCCAAUUGGCAUCUUCACUAGUUUCCCCUUCCUCAGCUUGGAAAAUUGUCCUUGUGGAUUUGCGAAACCAUGGGAAAUCAGUUGGAAUCCAAGGUCUGGAGCCUCCUCAUGAUAUGGCAAAUUCUGCCAGAGAUUUAGCUAAUCUGAUUAAUGCUCAUAAAUGGGCUUCGCCAGAUGUUGUAAUCGGUCAUUCCAUGGGUGGAAAAGUUGCCCUGGAAUUUCUGGCUUCAUGUGCUCGUGGUGAUUAUGGUGAAUCUGUUGUUUUGCCCAAGCAGUUGUGGGUGCUGGAUUCAGUUCCUCAUGAAGUGAACUCGGAUAACAACGACCUAGAAGUGGAAAAGGUCCUGCAUACCCUCCAAAGUCUGUCUACUCCAUUGCCAUCAAGAAGGUGGCUGGUUGAACACAUGAUCAAGCAGGGAUUCUCUAAAGCAUUGUCAGAAUGGGUUGGGAGCAAUUUAAAGGUGGACUCCACAGGGAAGCAAAUGACUUGGGCUUUUAAUCUAAGUGGCUGCGUGGAGAUGUUUGAUUCCUUUUUGCAGAAGGAUUACUGGCCCCUUUUGGAGAAGCCACCUAAAGGCACAGAUAUUAUGAUUGUGCGUGCAGAGAGAAGCGACAGAUGGACGCCAGAGGUGAUACAAAAGCUUGAAAGUUUAACCAGCAAAGGAGCUGAAGAAGCCAGUAAGGGGAGAGUACUGUAUCAUGUUCUCCCAGAUGCAGGACACUGGGUUCAUGUUGACAAUCCUAAAGGAUUGCUCGAUAUAAUGAUCCCUCAUAUGAAAUCUCUCUCACAUUCCGAUCCUUCAAGAUAAGCACAUUAUCCACAGCCAACUGAUUUUCAGAACUCGGCUCUUGCGGAGUUCACACAUUACCUUAGAGAUGACAGUAAAAUAAGCCAAGUUAUUAAGGCAACUGCUGUAACCUAACAUCAAUUUUAUUUAUACAUGUCAGCAAUUUUGUCA